AUGUUUACUAAACUGAAAAUUAUUGCAAUAUUAUUAUUUAUUGGAAAUGGAAAUGCAUUACUGCUCCACGAUCCAGUAACUCAUAUUAAAUUACCAAAACAAACAAAGGAAAAUAAAAAUUGUCAAUGGUCAGAAGAAUGGUUGGAAAAUGUUCCUAUUGAUCAUUUUUCAUUUCAUGAUAAUCGAGUUUUCCGUUUGCGUUAUUUAAUAAGCACAGAACACUUUGUUUCUAAUGGACCAAUUUUUUUCUAUACUGGCAAUGAAGGAAACGUCGAACUGUUUGCGCAAAAUACAGGUUUGAUGUGGGAUUUAGCACCGGAAUUUAAUGCAGCCAUUAUAUUCGCCGAACAUCGAUUUUAUGGGAAAUCACAACCGUUCGGCAACGAAAGUUAUGCAACAAUCCGGAAUCUUGGUUAUUUAUCAUCUGAACAAGCAUUAGGUGAUUUCGCCCUUCUCAUAUACCAUCUUAAAAAUAAGCGUCUUUUGGUUGCUCAAAAUUCAUCUGUCAUAGCAUUUGGUGGGUCGUAUGGUGGUAUGCUUGCUGCAUGGAUGCGUAUCAAAUAUCCACAUUUAGUAGAAGGGUCUAUAGCAUCAAGUGCUCCGGUUUUCUGGUUUAUUGAUAUGUCAAGCUCUGUGCCGCAAGAUGCGUACAAUCGUAUUGUUAAGCGAUCUUUCCUUAGUUCCGGUUGUAUAGAGAAAAAUAUCCUUGAUGGAUGGAUUGCACUUAAAAAUUUGUCCUUGACUACAACUGGUCGAGCUUAUCUAAAUGGCUUGUUUCAUUUGGACAAAAAGUCACACUUGAAAAUAAGCACUGAUUGGAUAAUGCUUAAAGAAUAUCUCGAAGAUAUAUUUGAAUCCAUGGCGAUGGUUAACUAUCCAUAUCCAACUAACUAUCUAGCUGAACUUCCAGGAUGGCCUGUUAAAGUUGCAUGUCAAUUUUUCAACAGCAAUAAAUCAAAAAAUGAUGAAGAGUUGGCACAAAGUAUGUAUGGAAUAAUGAAUCUCUAUUAUAAUUAUACAGGUCAAAAAAAAACAUUUUGCAUUAAACCAGAUGUGUGCAAUGAUUCCGCAUAUGGAGCACUUGGUGAUCCAUUUGGUUGGCCAUGGCAGUCUUGUACUGAAAUGGUAAUGCAGCAAUGUUCCAGUGGUCCACCUAAUGAUUUCUUUAUUAAGAAUUGCCCAUUUAGUCUUAAAGGUCAAGAAUUAUACUGCAUCAAUACAUUUGGAAAACUUGGAUAUACAAAAGCUUUAAUGCGGCCACAUUGGAGUAUUUUAAAUUAUGGUAAUCGAUAUCCAACCGCCACGAAUAUUGUAUUCAGUAACGGUUAUUUGGAUCCAUGGUCUGCUGGUGGUUGGUCAUUGAAAUCACGAGUGAUGGGAUCAUUGAUUAGCAUUAUCAUUAAGGAUGGCGCACAUCAUUACGAUCUUCGCGGCAAACAUCAAUUGGAUACGAAUUCGGUGAAAGAUGCAAGACGUUUGGAAAAAUUUUAUAUCAAAUAUUGGUUGAAAGAAGCAAAAUUGAAACAACAGAAAAAAAAUUAUUAA